CACGCAUCUGGAUGCUGACGUGGAUCUUCCACCGAUUUCCAGGGACUAGAAAUGUAGCAUCACUGCCUCUCAAUUAAAGUAGAACCUUCUACCUUAACCAUAACCACCACCGGAGACCGGACCCUUCGAAAGCCACCACAGGCUUCAGAUCCGCAACAGGAUUCUGGCAUUUUCGGCGGGAAUUUUCCGGUUGCCUGUAUGGGACUACCGAGCGACGACUUCGUUGUGAUCCAGAAGGGUAAGCAGCCCGGCGAGCCCUGCGUCAUCAACAUCAAUUGCCCAGAUAAGACCGGCCUCGGUUGCGAUAUUUGCAGAAUAAUCCUCGAAUUCGGCCUCUACAUAACUAAAGGAGAUGUUUCGACUGAUGGUAAAUGGUGCUACAUAGUAUUAUGGGUCGUUCCUCAUUCCAGCUCGCUCAUCUUGAGAUGGUCGAAUUUGAAAAACCGCCUUCUAUCCGUAUGCCCGUCGAGUUUGGUGUCGUUUUACUUUGACCAACCGUCUACUCACGCCGCGUCUUCUCCGGUUUACCUAUUACAGUUUUUUUGCCUUGACCGAAAAGGGUUACUACACGAUGUUACGCAGGUCCUCUGCGAGCUUGAGCUUAUAAUUCAAAGGGUAAAAGUGACGACCACUCCGGAUGGCAGAGUCCUGGACCUCUUCUUCAUAACAGAUAACAUGGAGCUUCUACACACAAAGAAGCGACAAGAUGAGACGAUGGAACAAUUGCAUGCUGUUUUGGGUGAAUCAUGUAUCAGCUGUGAACUUCAGUUGGCAGGUCCUGAGUAUGAAUGUCAUCAGGGAAUUUCUUCUCUUUCUCCUGUAGUAGCUGGGGAGCUUUUGAGAUGUGAGUUAUCUGAUAAGGAAAUCUGCUCUCAAGCUCUUAGUUCAGAUAUGGCAAAAUUGAAGAAAGCUAGUGUGGCCAUAGACAAUUCAUUGAGUCCAGUUCAUACAUUACUUCAAAUACACUGUGCUGAUCAUAAGGGUCUAUUGUAUGACAUCAUGAGACCAUUGAAAGACUGCAAUAUCCAGAUAGCUUAUGGUCGACUCUCACCGAAUACCAAGGGCCAUCGUGAUUUGGACCUAUUUAUACAGCAUAAGGAUGGAAAAAAGAUUGUUGAUCCUGAUAAGCAGAGUGCAUUAUGUUCCCGUUUGAAGGUGGAAAUGCUCCAUCCUCUACGUGUCAUCGUUGCGAACCGAGGACCAGACACCGAACUGCUGGUUGCUAAUCCUGUUGAGUUAUCUGGAAAGGGAAGACCACGAGUUUUCUAUGAUGUUACACUUGCUCUAAAAUCACUUGGGAUCUGCAUUUUCUCGGCUGAAAUAGGAAGGCAUUCAACAUCAGAUCGUGAAUGGGAGGUGUACAGAUUUCUUUUGGAUGAGGACUGCAACUUCCAAUUUUCUAAUUUGGUAGCUAGGAAUCAGAUUGUAGACAGAGUUAGAAGAAUAUUGAUGGGUUGGUGAGUAGAUCUCUCUCUCUCUCUCUCUCUCUCUCUCUCUCUCUCAUUUUGAGCUCCAAAGAUCUAUGACGCAUAUGUAUAUUGUAUGGUGCAUUAGUUGCUAGUAAUCUAACGCAGAUAACAUGUAUCCUUGAAGCUCCAAGUCAGGACUGUAUGUUGAGCAUAUUUCCUUUUAGUUGUGAAUGUAUUUAGGCUUUGUGAGCUAUGAAUUUUCCAUUAGUCAAAUGUAAUUGGGCUUGUUUGAGAA